UCUCCUGCGUAACCCAAGAGUCUGGCUGCUCAGACAAACUGUGCGCGGUGUUGUGCUGAUGCUCCGGGUGAUGCGCACGGUGCUGUAGCGGGCCUGUGGGCUGUGACAUGCCGGGAGGAGUGCAGUGGACCCCGGGGUGCACACAGACAUGCAGCGGGCCGUGGAGGAGCUGGUCCGGGUGCUGGAGACGUACCGCGGCAGGGACAAAGUGAUCCGGACGGCGUGUUAUGGGGCUCAGCUGGUGGGUGGAGUCUUGUGUCGUGACUCCUCUCCUGAUGGAUCGUCUCGGCGUUUGGGGCGGAGCCUGCUUCUGUUCUCCACUCAGCUCAGCCACUGCAGAACCGUCCUGAGGCUAUUUGAUGACCUGUCCAUGUUGGCUUACUCCCAGAGCUACGGCCUGGGCGCUACGGUCAGCGUCAGCACCACACCCUCACAUCACAAACAUCAUGAUAUAGACCUGAACUCAAGUCACCAGAUUUCUGAAUAUGAAAUGAGAUGAAUGAGAUUUGACUUUAA